AAUUGAUGACGUACAGCACAAGCGACGUCAGCAUGAACCCAUGAUACGUGUUACAGAUGAAGAAAAGUGCCAUAAGUUUCACAGAUUAACCAUAUUUAAGCUUCAAUUUGACCAAACGGUAGUUUAUCUCUAAUAAGCACAAUGGAGUUACUCGAGAUAGUAUCGCCAAAUGUUGCUUUUCCAGUUGUAGGCGUUCUUUUAUGUGCUUUUCUGGUGUUUGCAUUUGGGUUCAAGUCACCAGCUCAGCCACCAAGCUUUAGUUACCUGGAAGAUGACCACAAGAAAAAGAAAUCAAAGAAGCAAAAGCAAAGUAAAGGUCAGACCAAUGGUCAUGCUGUAACUGAACCAGAUACCCAACCAAUCAAAACUGAAUCUUCUCCAAAGCAAAAGAAACAGACCACACCAAAGCCUGCCAAACCAACCAAACAAGAACCUGCUAAAAAGAAGAAAGUUUUGAAGGAAGCUGAGGAAGAAAAGAAAAAUGCUAAGAAUGUACCUGUUCCUGAUGAUACAGAUGGAUGGACAACCUUAGUGAAAGGAGGAAAAAAGAAAGGAGGAAAGAAAACAGAAACUGUUGAGGAAAAGUUGACUGCAGACAAGAUUGUUGAGAAGGUUAAAGAAGUAACUGCUGCUGUUGUGUCUGAGGAACCCCCACAGGAGCAGAGGAACAAAAAGAAACAGAAGAAAAAGACGGGGAAGGAAGCAGAAGAAGUUAAAGUAGAGACCAGUAAACCUCCAGUUGAACCUGUCAAAGUUCCUGAACCAAAACAGGAUGAAGGCAAAUUUGAAGAAGCAUCUAGCAAGAAAACUAAAUCUAAAAAGACAGCUGAUAGUCAGAAGGAAGAAGUAAAAGUUGAAGCUAAGAAAACUGAAAUUAAAGCUAAAAUUGAACCUAAAGUUCAGACAGAAGCAAAAGCCAAAACUGAUACCAAACCAAAAAAGGCAGUAGAAACUAAAACUGAAGCGAAACAAGAUGUUAAACCCAAGGAUGUAAAACAAGAGGCUAAACCAAAGGAAGCCAAGAAAGAAGUUAAAGCUAAAGAAGCCAAACAAGAAGCUAUGCCAAAGGAAGCCAAGCAAGAUAAUAAACCUAAAGAGGUAAAGCAAGAAGCUAAACCAAAAGAGGUCAAGCAAGAAACUAAACCAAAAGAGACCAAGCAAGACGUUAAACCAAAAGAGGCUAAGCAAGAAGCUAAACCGAAAGAAACAAAAGCAGAUAAACAGAAGGAAGGAAAGAAACAAGAAGCAGCCAAACCUAAAGAAGACAAAAGUGAAGCAAAGACAAAGAAACAGACAGGUGAAUCUAAACCAGAGGAAGUUAAACCAAAGACUACUGAACCAAAGAAAGGAAAAAAGGCUGCUGAGAAAAGUGAAGCCAAAGCUCCAACCAAACCAACAACACCUGACCAACCUGCAAAAGGUACUAAUGAUUUUGUACUCAUACAUCCCCAAGAUGUUGAACCAGAGAAGUCUUCUCCCGUUGACAGUGAUAAGAAUUCAGCUGGAUCUGACAUGUCUGUUUCUUUUGAUGAACUUGGAGAUUCCUGGGUAGAAGCUAAACCAAAGAGUAAAAAGAAGAAAGCAAGACGUGAGAAUUAAUGAGAAACCAUUCCUGUGAUACAGGUGUAAAGUGCUACAGAGCCAAGGCCAGACAUAAGAUAGAGAACCCCCUCGAGUCUCAUAUUAAGUUGGACUUCUUUUGUUUUGUUAUACAUGUAACAAAAACAAAGCUAAAAUAUGUAAAUGGCCUGGGUUUCUUAUGUCAGAAAUUUGUUUAUGUUUACGAUAUUUUCUGUUAGCUUUUUUUGACAUUUUUACAUCUUAUUGAUUGACAAUUUUACAUUUUUGUGAGGACCAUUUUUUUCAAGCUUUUUUUUUGAAUCCAUAGAUAUAUAUUUUCAUUUAAUACUUAAAGUAUGAGUACUCAGUUCUGUUUCGAGGGGAAAUACUGGUAGUUUUAGUGGAAGUGCUUGUCAGAUAAACUAUGGUAUUAUAUUUGCAAUUUUUGUUAAUUCUACGCACACUUAAAAAUACCAAAGAAUCCAUGACAUUUUUUUUUUCUUGAGUCAAACGAUUAUCAUAACAGACAUGAUGCUUUUAUAGUUAAUGAAAUGAGUAGGAUUUUCAGGAACUAUUUUAGUUUGACAUUACAGUCAGGUACUUGUAUUUCAAUUUAUGUAUGAUGUUUUCUUCCUUUAGAUAAAAAAUACAAAAUUUUAAUUGCAAAAUUCUAAAUGAAUCAUAAGCCAAAAUAGAAAGCCAUGAAAAAUAGUCAAACAUAAUCAAAUGAAAAUGUCUCAACAUAUAAGAAAAGUAUUACAAAGAAAUGAAUCAUUCAUUAUUCAUACAUGUUUAUUAUUCCUUCAUACUUCUUUUUAUCAUUAAAAAAUAUUUGGUGAGGGGAUCAAUGCAUGCCAUGUCAGUUUAGCCUGUUUUUAAAUUGGUUGAGUGGCAGUACUUUUGUUACUUCUCAGUAAACGUAAAAAUGACUAAGGGUAGGUAUAUAAUUGGUGCUAUGUAAACAUCUAGUCUGUUAUUACAGCAAUAUUUGUAUCUCAUAUCAUAACACGGACAAAACUUUUAAAACAUAUCUAAAAUUUAGCUCAAAUAAUUUCAAUGACUUUGCAAAGAAAGGUUCACAAUUUUUAUUCAUAUGGAUAUUUUUAGUUAGAAGGUAUAAGAAUUAAUUCUGUAUAACAUUUGAACACCAGAUUCUGGUUUAAUACCACAAUUUUAAUCCUUGCAAUUGUAUAUCUAUAAAAACACCAAUAAUUUAUAUUGAAUACGAAGAAAGAUCUUGGAUAAUGUAUUGUUACGAUGGAUUAAGUUUUAGUAGAUCAUUGGAGACAUGUUUUUUGUCAUCAUUUAUGUGUCCAUUUUUACAAUUCUUGGAAACAAAGUUUUUAUAAAGGACUUGAGAACAUGUACACGGAACUGCAGGCCAGUUCAUAAUGAAAUUAGAGAUUUAAAGAAAGACACAAAUAUUGUAUAUAAUGAUUCAUAAAGGUGUAUAAUACCAAAUUAGUCAAAUACUAUUGUAGAGUUAUAAAUGCACCAGAGUUUGUGUGAUGGACUAUUGGUGUUAAUUGUAUGUCAGAUUUGAAUUACAGUGCACGAUGAAUAGUACAGAAUAUAAAUUAUUUCUUCAUAUCAGGAACUUUUUGAGUUUGGUAUAGUUUACACAGAAACGUUUUCCCAGGAGAAUUAUAACUCCGUCCUUUGGAAGUGUGGUUGUGAUGAUGCAUGAUCGGUGUUUUAUCUUUUGUGUCAGACUGGCAUUAUUCAGGUAACUGUGAUUAAAAAGAGAUUAUGUCCCUUGAAAAUUCCUGGAUUUUUAUACUUAAGUAUCUUUUUGAAUAUACAAGGAAGGAUUCUAUCCUGGUGUUUGAGGUGAGAAAUUGAAUUGUCUAUGACAAUUUUGUCCGAAAUUCCAAAAUUAAUCAGUAUUCAGCAUUUGAAAAUUUUUACAGCAAAUUAUGACUAUAAGUAAUAAGAAAGGAGGUUAUUGAUAAUUAUGACACCAUUAUCCUUGGUAAUGUUCAUGAAUGUAAUUUUGUUCUGUUAUUGAAUUUAUUUUCGCUAGUUGAAGUUUGUUGUGUUUGCUUAAAUGGAAUAUGAUAAGAAAUAAAUUCCAGUGAUUAUCAAGGGAUCUUAGUGGCAUUGCAAAGACUAACCAGAUUACAGUUAAAUCAUAGUUAAGAUUUUAAAUCUGGUAGGUUGAAGAAAAAUCUUUUGUUGCUCUUGAAAACUGAAUCUAUUCAACUACAAUUUCAAAAGGUUUUAAUGAUAAAAACAUAUUAACUUGCUCCUCGAGGGUUAAACUCUGAAACUUUCAGGAGAAAUUGAAGAUCUGUUUUCUUUUGAAAGGGACACAAGAAGAUGCUUCAAAUUAAAUACAUUAAUAUUCACUGAUCAAUAAUUUGUAGUUUACCAAUAUACUUUAUUUAUAAUGGAUAAUUAGGAGAGAAAAGUAGAAGAUUUUAGUAAAUAAUUAAUUGUAUGUUAUAAGUAAGUUUAGCACCAUGUGCUGAUGUUCAUGAUUGAUAAUGUGUGUGAAUGUGUUGGUAUAGGGUAUAAAUGAGUGAACGGUUAAAUGUGGACCAAAUUAUUUUUGUAUAUAUAAUUAUUAAUAUAUUAUGUAUAUGUAUGUCAAAUUACAUCAAACAUGUCAGAUCUUCCAUACUUAUUGUUAUUUUUAUUUCUCUAUAAAAGAUUGUUAUAUUUUUUGUUUUUGAAUAUGACCAUACAUGUGCAUGUAGUUGAUAUGUUGUCAGCAUUUCUGUUGUCUUAUUCAGACCUCAUAGUGCAGCUUGUAUCGUCAGAUGAAAGGUGCAUACCCGUAUAUAUUGCUUUCAAUUGUAAAUUUAUUAGCGAGAAAACUAUUAUUUUACUUUAUAAACUAGAAAAAAAAUAGAAAAAAAAUUACACAGUGAACCAAAUAGUUACUAAACAUCAGGAAAUUUUAAGCAUUUUAGCUUUAACAUGUUACAGUUCAGAUUACAAAUGUAAAAAACAAAUGUAUAGCAAGUGCUUUUCAUGUACAAUUACUUUUGGUAUUAUUCUGAUAUGUUUUAAAAACAAAAUUUUGCAUUACUCAAUACUGUAAAAUGAAUGCAAUAAACAUCCUUAAGAAAGUGGCUGAUCUAGAAAUAUCUGUUCACAAUCUUAAAGAAAAACAAUAAAAUAUUAAAUAUACCAGUGAACAUUUAAUGAAAAAUCUCAUGAAGCUACAGAAUAUUUACUUGUGUUAUCAGAUUUGUUUAUUAAGGGUGCUUAUGAUUAUAAAUAUCUGUUAGGGAAUUUAUCUUCUGGAUCAGGUAAAAAUGUUAAUGCAGAGUUUGACAAUAACCUAAUUGAACAAUGAGCUUAAAAAAAUUGGGAAAAAUAAUGUUAAAAAAACAUCAAUAUUUAAAACUAUAAUAGUGUAAUACAGACACCCAUCAUAAAACUAUGUAAUUUCUAUCAAAAUAAGGUGUUGUCAAACUCUGCGAUUUAUUGUAAGAAGUAAUGGUGCCAGUCCUUGAUUGUUGUUGUCUUCCAAUACUAUCAUGUUAAUAUCAGUCAUCACAGAGACUACAUUCCAUGUCACAAAUAUUCCAGCUAUAUUGAAUGUAGGAAUUUGCUUGGUAAUGGAAAAAUGCUUUGAUUUCAUCCGCUGUCAUGACUGUUUAGCAUUGUAUGUUAACCAUUAAAUGGACCAGAGCAGCCAAAAAUAAUUUCAUAUUUAUGAGAUCAGGGGUUAAAUUUAGUUUAGAUUAAUGUAGUGGAAAGACUUGUCAUGUUUUUAAAUCACAGUUUAAUUAUCUUCUUAUGCAUAUAUUUGAAAUACGUUUGAUCAAUAGAUAGGUCCAAUUAGUAGUGAACCCUGUAUUUCUGAUGAAUUUAAGACCUGAUGAAUCAAGACCAGGAUCAAUAUUUUUUAACCCCUGAAAUUAGUCAUAUUCAUUUUCUUAUGUGUACAUUAAGGGAAACCAAAAAUAAGCUGCCAAAAUAUGAAUUCAUUUUAUUUUCUCAAGAUUUUGUCUUGCCAGUCUCAUUUGAAAUAUUUUGAUUACAUUUGCCUGGAGUAUUAUAUAUUUUAUGCAUUAAUUCUCAUUGUAGUUUCAAUUUGUUUUGUAACUCAGUAUAGGGCUCCUAUGUUUUACCUUUAUUUCUUUCCAGUUAUUCUCUUGAUAUUACAUAUAAAUUUUUGGUAAACUGAUGAAUUUGUAUUUUAUACAAAUUAAUAUAAGUUCCUUUAAUUUCAGUUAUACAUACACCUUAAAAAGAAUGAAAGAUCUCAUAAUAAUUCCUAAAAGAUUACAUACUAUUUAUUGACAUGCUUUAAGAGGUUGAUUAUUUGCACAGUAUCACCACAUUAACUUACUUUGUCAUUGUAGGAAGCCUCUGUCUCUUACAUUGUUUAAAUAAUCAUGUACAAAUCAUAAGAUGAUUAUAAAUGAAUUGAAAAUUAAGUUCUACAAUAGCAAAUGUUAUGCUUGAAAGAUUUGUUGGAAGUUUGCAUUGCAAUCUCAGAGCUGUCUCCAACCUGACUGAAACUCAGUCUGCAAGUAUUAAUUUUGAUUGCAGUGCUUGACAAAUCCUCUUUACAAAUAUUUGACGCAUUUGUUGACCAUACAAUUGUGACAAAGAACUAAGGGCACUUGACUAGUGAAUUUAUGAAUUUUGCUGAUUUAUCUUUUGGUUAAGUACAAUAAAAAUCAUAAAACAGUAAUGUAAAUAAAUUUUAUAUAUAUUUAUCAAUGAAAGAACUUAUUAUAUAAAUAAAAUACACUAAUUUAAAAGAGUACAUUCAGCUUGAGAAUGUUUUGUUGCAAAAUUAUUUUGUUUUUUGUUUUGUUAAAGAUUUUAUAAAUGACAUCUAGUGAAAGCUUUAUUGUUAAGUGAUAGAAGAAAAAGGUAAUAUAUGAAAGAUUUUAAAGCAAUCAUGUAACUAUGGAAACAGGGUGUAUCGAAGGGAGAUGAUUCUAAGUCAGAAAGUGCAAUGUGAAUCAUGAUAUUUCUUGUUAUUGUUAGUCAUUGUACUGAGAAAUGAAAUAAAAACUAAUGUUUUCUC